AUGUCUCCGCAGAGCCAGAUUCCGUCCAACUAUGAAACCUUCCACUUGCCGCCUCAAAUGCAACAACAGAUGGGAAUGAUGGAUCCUCGCGCUUCUAUGGCAUCCAUGUCGGGUCCUUAUGGGCACAUUGGACCAAUGGGAAUUCCUCCAGGAGCUCAUUUCGGAAUGAACGGAGGAGUCCAACGAACAAUGAGCUUUUCCCAAGUUCCGUCGACUUACGAUCACGUCCACUUUGGCAACUUUAAAGGCCUCGGCCCCAAGUCGAAGUCAUACAGUCCGGACGGCUACGAUGUUCCCAUCUAA